AUGCGUUAUACAAUCUCUUCGCGACAUGGCCAGAAAGCUACUUCACUAGCCUGCCAAGACCACACGGCUCUCGUGGCGUCGACGAGCCCUGGUGGAAACUACGUCAGUCACAAAUAUUCUUGGAUGAUAGCUUCCGAGGAGCGUCUACGCUGCCUCUUGAGGGUGGAGGAAGUCGAUGCCCGCAAGCAGGUUGUGGCCCGCUUCCAGCCUGCCUUGACCUUGGCCUGGGAGCUGGCGGAGACAGAUUCCUUAUUGGCUCGCGAGUUGGCCAAGUGUCGAGAAGCGUCCGGCCCACGGCAAGCUAUUUGGGAACGUGGAGACGAUUGCCACGGCCGUAUUGCGUCGCCCACUCCACUAGUAUCAUCGUUGAGCCAAGAUGGACAGGAGUACGAAGAGUGGAACGGCUUCUCCGACGCCGAGUGUGGGGAUUAUAGCGACGUUGAACCUAUUCCCAAUCCACAAAUCCCCGGUACUGCAGCUCCAUCGAUCGAGGCCCUUCACGCCGAGCCACCAGGAACCGUCUAUAUGAGAAGGGACAUAUAUAACGCCAGGGCGCUUCUGCGCCGCGAGAAUCUUGGCGGAAUGAGCCCCACAGCCGCGUUAAUCAAGCUUUUCGACGAGAGGGGCAUCCCCUAUAUCGCCAAGUGGUCAGAGACCGAACCUGACCGCCUUGUUGGGUUGGUAUGGACCUUUCCAUACUGUAUCCGUAUGUGGAAACGCUUCCCGGAGGUGAUAAGCUUCGACAACACUUACAACACAAAUCGCUUCAAGCUCCCGCUCUUCCAGGCGACGGGUCAAACUUGCCUCAAGUCGGUCUACAACGCUGCCUUCGGCUUGAUCGAUAACGAAAGGCGUGAAGGCUUCCAAUUCCUCGCUGAAGGGAUUAGGCAGUUGUUUGAGAGGCAUGGAAUUCAACUACCCAACGUUGUGAUCACGGACUUCGACCAACAGAUGAAGGCGGCACUGGAAGAUCAGUUUCAGACGCUCAACAACAGCUUUGUAUCUUCCAUAUCAACUCGAACGUACUACUUAACGCCAAGCGCAAGUGGAAGCACGCCAAGGAAGACAGCGACGGUGGCUCUAAUAAGGGAUUUCCCGGUGAUCUGCCGGAUCGGGUGA